AUGUCUACUUCCCUUUCUCAUCCUCCGCCUCCUAUACAAGACGGCCAAGCCAUGCAGCAACACUCGAUUGAAUGUCAACUACUCCAACCUCAGUCAUCAGACUCUUCUUCCUCCCAGUUCCCCAUCCGUAUCACGCCGCCUGGUUAUCCAAAACACCCAGGUCCACGUUCACCAGUUGAGGCGUUCAAGGAGUCACGACGAUGGAUGAUGUGGAAUCCAGACAAGGAUUAUGAUAGUCGACCUGGCUUUUGGAGGUCAAGUUGGGUCAAGAAACCCACGCAUGACGACGCCCGCUGCCUUGUCGAUGAGAUGGUGCUCCGCAACGUUCUACCCAGGUGUUUCCUGAUGACAAGGACCGAUGAUGGUGGCGAUCAGGGAGCAGCUGCACAGAUCUCAUUCUUCUCAAGAGGAUCUUACAAUCAGCUUUUCACACUUCACUGUCGAUGCCAUCUGCCAAAACAGCAGGAACACGCUGCGGAGCCCCAUUCUCGCACGAAUUCGGAUGUCGAGUUGAUCGAGCCACGCUCACCAUCGCCCCCAGGCUUGUCAUCAUCCUCGCCUCAAAAUACGCCUGAACAGCCUCCGAAUAGCAGCAGCUCCAAUGAAUCUUUCUUCUCCUGCAAGUCCUCUUUGCUCUAUCACGGCAGCGGCAUCAGCAACGACGAAGAAAAUGCCGAUCACUCUCACAUACCCACAGAGGUCCUCCUGCGGCUCGCCAAGCCUCUAGACCCGUACUUCAAGACGGAGAGCGAAGUAGCUACAGUCCAUUUCGCGCGGGUCCGCGGGAUCCCUGUGCCCAGGAUCUACGCCUACGACUCCUCCGCCGCCAACUGCCUCGGCCUCGAAUGGCAGCUCGUCCAGAAGAUUUCUGGCGCCGCCUGCGACCUCGAAGAAACCGCGGAGGAGGCCUGCGACGCCCUCAUAGCACGUGGCGUGGUGCCUGAUUUUGCCCUGGGGGAGCUGGACAAGUCCGAAGCCUGGGUGAGGCUCGGACGUCAGGUGGCGGGCUCGCUCAACUUGCUGCGAUCAGGGGCCCGGCCUGAUGGUCAAGGUCAUUCACAAGCAGCUGGCUUUGAUGGCAUUGGCAGCUUAUGCUGGGAUUUUGAGAAGCACGAAUUCGUCCUGGGCCCUGUCUGUGAUAAAAUCUUCAUCAAGGGCCGGAGGCUCCUGUAUCAUGGUGAUAAUGGAGACGACCCAGACUUUCCCAUAUCCCGUGGGCCCUUCCGCACCGCAGGGGAGUAUCUGAAUGCACAGCUUGCCAUAUUGUUGCGAGAGUCUAAGGAUGAGAGCCUGAGUCUUGCUGACAAUACUGUCACCAACAUGUCUUACGCAACGACUGGCACUGACCCCGACAGCGUCCCUGUCGAUACAUACACACGCCUACGAAACUGGUACACAAAGGCCGAUUCAGAGAUGAUCCACGACCAAGUAUCUAAGCUUCGUCAUAUAAUACUGCCGUGGCUCGUGACUCAGCUCACUCCAGGACAACAGGAGCGAAUACAGACAUUCAUAUCCCACCCGGACCUCCACGUGUCGAAUGUUCUUGUCUCGAGGCGACUCAAAGCCCAACUUGAUCAUAACAUCAUCAACGGAAACAACAACAGCAACAGCGACGGGCAGGGAGAAGAAGAAUUUGAGCUCACUGCGAUUCUUGACUGGGAGAAUACCAAAUCCCUCCCGGAUCUACUGGGCAAAGCUGGGGACGGCGGCAGCGGCGCACAGAGCCCAUGGAUAGAUAAUGGUUCCUUCACGUCUUUGCCUGUGCCGGAUUCGUUUGCGCCGUGGCGCCGUGGUGAUGAACCGGGAGUCGAGGCUGAUGAUGCCCAGACCGCGCGCGGCAGUGGGAACGGCAGCAAGGUCAAUGGAGAUGGUGAUGCUGCGCAUGAGGUGCUAUCUCAGCCACGACAGUUGAUCAAUGCAGAGGUCCUACUUCACUUUAUCGACUUUCAAUUGAAGGUCUUCAUUGGGGAAGAUUCAUGUCAGUGGAUCAAUCAGCUUGCGAAGAGUAUUCAGGCUCAUAUCGCAGUGGAGGGAAAGAAGUAA